AUGGAAACUAGAAAUAUUUUUUCUUGGAUAAAGGAACAGAUUACUCGAUCUAUUUCUGUAUCUCUCAUGAUAUAUAUCAUAACUCGAACAGCCGUUUCAAAUGCAUAUCCCAUUUUCGCACAACAGGGUUAUGAAAAUCCACGCGAAGCAACUGGGCGUAUUGUAUGUGCCAAUUGCCAUUUAGCUAAUAAGCCCGUAGAUAUUGAGGUUCCACAGGCGGUACUUCCUGAUACUGUAUUUGAAGCAGUUGUUCGAAUUCCUUAUGAUAAGCAACUAAAACAAGUUCUUGCUAAUGGUAAAAAGGGGGGUUUGAAUGUAGGGGCUGUUCUUAUUUUACCGGAGGGGUUUGAAUUAGCUCCCCCCGAUCGUAUUUCUCCCGAGAUUAAAGAAAAGAUAGGCAAUUUGUCUUUUCAGAGCUAUCGCCCUAAUAAAAAAAAUAUUCUUGUGAUAGGACCUAUCCCCGGUCAGAAAUAUAGCGAAAUAACCUUUCCUAUUCUUUCCCCCGACCCCGCUACUAAGAAGGAUGUUCACUUCUUAAAAUAUCCUAUAUACGUAGGCGGGAACAGGGGAAGGGGUCAGAUUUAUCCCGACGGGAGCAAGAGUAACAAUACAGUUUAUAAUGCUACAGGAGCAGGUAUAGUAAGCAAAAUUAUACGAAAAGAAAAAGGGGGAUAUGAAAUAACCAUAACAGAUACGGAUGGACGUCAAGUGGUUGAUAUUAUCCCCCCAGGACCAGAACUUCUUGUUUCAGAGGGCGAAUACAUCAAAUUGGAUCAACCAUUAACGAGUAACCCCAAUGUGGGCGGAUUUGGUCAGGGAGAUGCAGAAAUAGUACUUCAAGAUCCAUUACGUGUCCAAGGCCUUUUGUUCUUCUUGGCAUCUGUUAUUUUGGCACAAAUCUUUUUGGUUCUUAAAAAGAAACAGUUCGAGAAGGUUCAAUUGGCCGAAAUGAAUUUCUAG